UCUCGAAAAUUCCUGAACAAUGAUUUCCUCAAACGACCACUACGAAGUGCUUGGGCUUGAAAAAGAGUGAACUGAAAAAGACAUCAAGAAGAAUUAUCGUAAACUUGUCAUGGAGUAUCAUCCAGAUCGUAAUUUUGGAGUCAAUGAAUUCUCGGAUUCGGCUUUUAAAUAAGAUCAAAAGAGCUUACGAUGUGCUCUCAGAUCCUGAGCUCAAACAAAAAUACGAUGAUAAGAAGAAGCUAUACACGAAAUAUAAUAACUUUAUUAACAAAAACAAAGACCGAAAGGAUAAUAGAGACUCUGAAUACGCCUUUAGCCAACUAAUCCAGGGUAGGUACCCUGAGAUGCAGAAGAAAAGAGUCCAAAAGGACGAGGAGAAAGACUCAGAGUCUGAUUGACCAAAGGAAGAGAAUCCAAAAGACUCAAAGGAAGAGAUUAAAGAACCAGAUGACACUAAUAUGGAUUCUAAUGGAAUAACAAAGGGACCAGAAACAGCCGAUCCAGACAUUCCUCCUAAGGGAAAAGUCGAGAACUUCCGCCAGAAGGUAUACCUUGAUAAGAAAUGGCGUAAGGUUACCAAGUCUGAACACAUCAUCAUGAAUCCUCUGGGAGAAAGGAUGAAAGUACUAACGCGCAAAGUCCAGUCGCCUGAUGGGAAUUGCAAAAUCAGGCAAAAAAUUACUAAACUUUAACUUCUUUAUAAAUUUCUA